UCCUUCCUCCUUUCCCCUGCCUCUGACCUGACAAAGCUUCAUAUAAUAAUUAAGGCAGCCAACUUGGGAGUCAGGCUUGCCUGUGGAAAGAGUUAUCCAUCACCUCAAAAGGACUGAACCUGGGUCUACCACAAGAUGGGAUUUGUCACCUCCUUCGCCUGUUGUCUUCUUGGAGUCCUGGUCUCCAGUUCUUUUCCAGGAGCCAAGGCCCUAUCCUGUCCUGAUGGUUGGCUGCAAAACCAGGGCAAUUGCUAUGGAUAUUUUGAUACCAAGUUGUCAUGGAGAGAUGCUGAGACUGCAUGCCAUAGCUAUGGCCAUAGGGCUCACCUUGCCUCUAUCCUUAAUGUGGAUGAGACAGCCCUGAUUGCCAAGCACAUCUCCGCGUCCCAGCAAGAACAAAGCAACGUAUGGAUUGGGCUUCAUUACAAUGGGCGUUGGAGGUGGCCUGAUGGAUCAGUCUACAAGUUCGACGAAGGUUACAAAUCCUGGUACCCAACCACACCAGACGACUGGGCCCCUUAUGAGCAUUGUGUGGAGCUCCUAUAUUUUCCAGAAACCGUUUACAGUUUUGUGAAAUGGAAUGAUAGAAACUGCAACCAACUCAACAGCUACAUCUGCAAGAAAAAACUCUAAUCCAGCAACUGUCAUUCCCAACUGUGCCUUCUGUGAUUGAUGGACAGCUCUCUGGAAUCAUUACCUCCUCUCCAAUCCCUCAGUGAUCAACUCUCAUCCAUUAUUUCCAAGAUAGGUUUCAAUACAAUGUAAUCCUAAUAGUCUCUUAUGCAUAUAUUUCUUGUCAUGAUUCUGUCCUUCUCAUCCCAUCAGUCCUUACAGCACCAAUUCUCAGAGCACAAAUCUCAUGAUAAGGAGUCACUCCUUGCACGAGAGUCCCAGGAACAGGGGGGUGCUGUGUCUAACUCUCACUGUGUCUAGCACUGCUGUUCACAACACACAAGGCACUCAAAUCCAGAUGUCACCGCAAAUUUCAUCCCCAAAACAAACAUCUUUCCUUAGAGCUGCUCAGCGCAGUUGAUAUGAAAUCCAGAAUUUUAGAAGCCACAAAAUGAGGACAGGGAAAGAAGAAGAGUUUGGAUUUGAUAUCCCGCUUUAUCA